AUGACGGAUACCGUCCCAGUCAAGCGCCAAAAGCGCGCUGAAUACCUCAGCCGGAUGAAAGAGCAAGAAGUCCCCAGCGAGCACAUCAGUAUGCCACAGAAGAAAUUCUUCCGACAGCGCGCACAUGCGAAUGUCUUCUCAGACCACAAUCUCCGCUACCCCCUCUCACCCGCACACAUGGACUGGUCCCCGCAUUACCCAGCCUACAUAAACCCAGACCCCACCCAGAAAACCCUAAGCGGCACUCCCAAGCUCCUCAAAGAUGUUGAAGUCGUCGAUAUAGGCUGCGGAUUCGGUGGUCUUCUCGCCGGACUUAGCCCCAUUCUCCCAGAUACAUUAAUGGUCGGUAUGGAAAUCCGCGUAUCAGUCCUCGACUAUGUGCGCACAAGAAUUCACGUUCUCCGCGUCCGCCAGCAACAACUCAAGCUCGGAAUCACACCCGAAGCUGCAGAAGAAAUAAAAACACCUACCGAAUCAGCGCCUGAAGAAGAAUCGGGUACCACUACAGCGCUUGUACCAGGGAACUACGAGAAUAUCACUGGAAUCCGCGCAAACACGAUGAAGUUCCUUCCCAAUUUCUUCGCACGCGGUCAGCUUUCGAAGAUUUUUAUCUGUUUUCCCGAUCCGCACUUUAAGGCAAGGAAGCACAAGGCGCGAAUUAUUUCCGAAACGCUGAAUGCGGAGUAUGCAUAUGUGAUGCGGCCUGGUGGAAAGUUAUAUUCUAUUACUGAUGUGGAGGAGUAUCAUCAUUGGAUUCUGAGACAUUUUAUCGUGCAGGAUGGGGAGGAUAUUUCGGCUGGAUCGUCGAAGUUGCUUUGGGAGAGGGUUGAGGGUGAGGAGCUCGAGCAGGAUCCUUGUGUUAAGUUGAUGGCUUCUGAGACGGAGGAGUCGAAGAAGGUCACGAGGAAUAAUGGAAAUAAGUAUGUGGCUGUUUUCAGGAGGAAGGAGGACCCUGAGUGGUGA